CACAAGUUCGGCUUGGACUUUCGGUGCCUGAGAUACCCAGGGGUCAUCUCAACGGAUCAACCUGGAGGUGGUACGACAGGUGAGACAAGGGUUGUCACAGAUGUCACAAACCCAGCUUUUGUGUUUUGAGAUUAACUACCUUCAAAAAGCGAAGUUAAAAAAACAACAAAAAGGCAUACCUUUUAAUAAUAUAAUAAGUUAAACCAAAAAUGGAAUAAUUUAAAGAUCCCCCCCCCCCCCAAAAAAAAAGAUCAAAAUUCAAAUCUAAAACUAGGAAUGUCUUAUUGUAACCUACUACACUCCAGAUUAUGCCCUGAAGAUGUUCCAUGAUGCCCUGACCACUAAGGUGCACCACUGCUACCUGAUACCAGACACCAGGCUGCCCAUGAUGUACAUUGACGACCUACUGACAGCCACAGUGGACUACAUGCAGGUAAGCACAUAUUAUUGUGCCUCAUUGUUUAGUAAGAGGUCAUGCAUGGCUAAAAAAAAAAUCCAGUGGAUUUCUGAAGAUGACACUGAUUUCUUAAAAUAAUUCUAAAACUGAUUCAUGAGGUGAAUUCAUAUUCAAGGUUUUCCAUGUAAAAUGUUUCUACUUUUUCUGCUCAGGUCCUAGAUAAAAAGCUUUCUAUGAGGACAUACAACAUUGAAGCUGUUGACUUCACACCUGAAGAGCUGGCUAAUGAACUGAGGAAAUGUGUUCCAGAUCUUGAGGUUGUCUACAACCCUGACCACAGACAAGCGAUAGGUCAGUACAUGAGUUGGGGUUAUCUGGCCUUGAAUAAUUUACAUGUCUUUAACAGUUUGUGAGAAUUUCAGGAGGAAAUUUAAUCUGGGAAUCUCAGUAUUUUCAAUGUGUCCUUGCUCACUUUCAGCUUAAAAUUAUGAAUUUGGGAUUUAAAAUUGUAAAAAGUAUAAUAUAUUCUUAAUUUAAUAUUUCAAAAUUUAAAAAAAAACUUUUAAUAUAAAAAUGUUUAAUAACUUUUUAGCUUUAUAUUACAAAUGUGUAUAUAGAAAAAGUUCAUCCAAAUAAGUCAUACAGAUUUUAAAAAUAAUUUCUCUAAACAUUUAUUAUUGUGUUGGCAAGCCUGUCAAUAAUCCAAUGAUAAUCCAAUUUAACAUCUGACCGUUGAAAUGUUGUCUUUGACAGGUUGACAGAAUUGAAACUGAAAUAGAAAAAUUGUUAAUAAAAUUAUUUUUUUAAAAAGCGCACACAUAACAUAUAUAAAUGCUGACAUGAGUUGAUUUAAUUUAUCCAAGUCACUGUUGUGUUAAAUAGUACUUUUAAAAUAAAAAUCCAUAAACAUGCCUCAAUAAAUUUAGGAGGUUUAUGUGGUAUGAGAUGCUAGGUGGUAUGAGAUGCUAGGUGGUAUGAGAUGCUAGGUGGUAUGAGAUGCUAGGUGGUAUGAGAUGCUAGGUGGUAUGAGAUGCUAGGUGGUAUGAGAUGCUAGGUGGUAUGAGAUGCUAGGUGGUAUGAGAUGCUAGGUGGUAUGAGAUGCUAGGUGGUAUGAGAUGCUAGGUGUUAUGAGAUGCUAGGUGGUAUGAGAUGCUAGGUGGUAUGAGAUGCUAGGUGGUAUGAGAUGCUAGGUGGUAUGAGAUGCUAGGUGGUAUGAGAUGCUAGGUGGUGUGAGAUGCUAGGUGGUAUGAGAUGCUAGGUGGUAUGAGAUGCUAGGUGGUAUGAGAUGCUAGGUGGUAUGAGAUGCUAGGUGGUAUGAGAUGCUAGGUGUUAUGCCAUGCUAGUUACCCUGACUCAAUCUAAUUUUCUAUCCGCAAUUGCUUUGAAUAUUACAACUAAAAAUGUUUGCAUUAUUAAGUAUAAAUAUUUAUGUUGUUAGCAUCAUUAAGUAUAAAUAUUUAUGUUGUAUGUCUGCAUUAUUAAGUAUAAAUAUUUAUGUUGUAUACAGCUGACUCAUGGCCACAGAAGUUUGAUUACAGUACAGCAGUGAAAGACUGGGGCUACCGUCCCCUUUACAACAUGUCUGCCAUGUGUGAGGUCAUGGUCCAGUCCCUGCUGCCGAAAUACACGAUCAGAAGGAACCAGACGCUGGAGGAGGUCAAGGAAUGAAGCUGUGGUCCGUACCCAGCAGCCAUUUUGUAUCUCAGCUGUGGAAGAAGAGAGUUUUUAUGUCCACAGGAGGAAAGGAAAACCACUGAACAAUAUGGUUCACUUGGCUUGGUGUGUUAUCGUUAGAGGGGAUUGCCUUGAGUAGCUUUGAAACAUGGAUAAAAAUACCUGACCAAUGGUAACAUUCUCCAUAACUUGUAUACAAAUAGACACAAUAUAUGUGUAACUGGUUUGGAAACUUGUGUGCAUCCAAGUUCUUCUCUGUGUACGGAUAAAAUUAAAAUAAAUCACUCAUCAUAGGUGGAGAACAUCCUGUUUUGUAACGCAUACUGUGACUGCUAUUUAAAUAGGUCAGUAGAUUUGUAAAAUUUAUAUUCCAAUAAAGAGAUACUUGUGAUUUUAUGAUGAGAUUACUUUGCAAAGUCAGCCAUGAACUAUCUACUUGUUAAAAACUUUUCUUGGCUUGAUAUACAGACAAAAUACUCUAAAAAUAAUUUUCCAUAUCAUAUGUUUCGGUGAUUUGUGAAGCACUGACUAAAAAAUAGCAAUGUAAAAUAAAUAUCUACAUACUCAAACAUCAUUACUGGAUUGUUCACAAUAAAAUAUCCAUUUUAUAUUGAAACUUAUCAUCAUCCGUGUUGGUUAUCAUUGUAUAAUACAAGACCAAGAAUCUACCUGUACGAAUUGAGGACCCUUGAAUCAGAAGCUUAAAGGAAUGUUGACAUUGUUAAUGAGAUGUGAAUCUCGAUUUAUGCUGUACAAAUUGAGGACCGUUGUAUCAGCAGCUGAAAGGAAUGUUGACAUUGUUAAUGAGAUGUGAAUCUCGAUUUAUGCUGUACAAAUUGAGGACCGUUGUAUCAGCAGCUGAAAGGAAUGUUGACAUUGUUAAUGAGAUGUGAAUCUCGAUUAAUGCUGAAAAUUUCAUAUAAAUAUUACUCUUCCCAUACCUCUUUUCUUUUCCUUUUUGCUCUGAAUAUUUUUUAACUCAAAGGGAAAAUGCGAUUUAAUUUUUUAAACAUCCAACCAUUUUAUCUUAAUUUCACUCUGAUAUUUUAAGAGAUUUUAUUCCAAGUUCAAAG